AUGAAAAUGUUGAUGAAAGUUUCGCAAAGUUCUUUGACAGUUGCCGUUACAAAAAGUGCAAUACAAAGGAAAACUUUUUUCCUCGUCAAAAAAUGUAAUUUUUCCUCGCAGAAGGUACCUAAUAAUAAAAUAACACGAAAAUCAAUUGUUACACCAUUUCCUCCGUUAACGGAGCCGGUUCCUAAUUUACCUAAAGCAAUUUAUGCUACCACUAAAGAUGAACAUCAAACUACUAAAGUGACAGUCUUAUCAAAUGGAUUGAAAGUUGCUUCUGAAAAUCGAUUUGGACAAUUUUGCACAAUAGGUGGUAAGUAUCCAAGAAUUCUUUGAAUUCUACAAAAAUUGGCAUUUGGCUCUACUAAAGCAUACAAGAAUAAAGACCAAAUAAUGUUAGCACUAGAAAAACAUGGAGGAAUAUGCGAUUGUCAAGGAUCUAGGGAUACAUUUAUUUAUGCUGCAUCAGCAGAACGUCGUGGUUUAGAUACUGUUGUACAAAUUUUAGGUGAUAUUGUUUUAAGACCUCAAAUCACACAAGAAGAGGUGAAUGCUGCAAGACAAAUGAUUCAAUUUGAAUUAGAAUCUUUACUUACAAGGCCAGAACAGGAACCAAUACUCAUGGACAUGAUUCAUGCUGCUGCAUAUAGAAGCAAUACCCUUGGACUUCCAAAAAUUUGUCCAAAAGAAAAUAUUGACCGUAUUGACAGAAAAAUAUUAUUUGAGUAUUUAAAAUGUCAUUACACCCCAAAUAGAAUGGUGGUAGCUGGAGUAGGUAUAGAGCACGAGGAUCUCAUUUUGGCAGUUCAAAAAUAUUUCGUUGAACAGAAAUCUGUUUGGGAAGAAGAAGAACAAGGGGAAAAGAAAAACUCUGUACCCAUAGGAAAAUUUUUAAGUAAAAUUGACGCCUCAAUAGCACAAUAUACUGGAGGUUACAUACUAGAAGAAUGCAAUGUGCCUGUAUACGCAGGACCAAGUGGUUUACCGGAAUUAUCGCACGUAGCCAUAGGUUUGGAGGGUUGUUCUCAUCAAGAUCCAGAUUUCGUAGCGAUGUGUGUUUUAAAUAUGAUGAUGGGUGGUGGUAACAGUUUCAGUGCUGGAGGUCCAGGAAAGGGAAUGUACACCCGUUUAUACACGAAUGUACUUAACAGAUAUCACUGGAUGUACAGUGCAACUGCGUACAAUCAUGCGUAUGCGGACACAGGUCUUUUUUACAUUCAUGCAUCUUGUACACCAUCUCAUGUCAGAUAUAUGGUGGAAGUGAUUGUGCAUGAGAUGGUUACAAUGGCGAAUAAUAUUACAGACAGCGAAUUAGCAAGAGCAAAGAAACAAUUGCAAUCUAUGUUACUCAUGAAUUUGGAACAAAGGCCCGUUGUAUUUGAAGAUAUUGGAAGACAAGUUCUAGCUACUGGAUCUAGAAAACGACCAGAAUACUUCAUACAGGCAAUUGGUGCAAUAUCAAAGGAUGAUGUGAAAAGCGUGGCGCGCCGUUUACUUAAAUCAGCGCCUAGUGUAGCAGCUCGCGGAGAAGUAAGAACUGUUCCUUCAAUCGGAGAUAUUCAAGCUGGAUUGAUUGACGCACAAGGCAGACUACCUGGCUCUGGUAGUAGAUUAUCACUUUUUCGUUAGCUUGAAGAAAAAAUUCCUUAUCUCGAACUCAUUUAUAUAAGUGUGUGUUCUACACAAACAUUAUACUCAUGUAACAUAAAAAAAAAUAUAAAUACAAUUAAUGAAUAA